GAGUCCGCAUCCGGGACUAACUCACUGUACCUUUAGUGUGGCUCAGAGAGCAGCUAGUUAGCUAACACACUGACAGAAAGCUAAAAACACAACACUUUCUAUUUAUUAGGUUGCCCAGUUUCGUGUCCUGAACAUCGCCCGGGGGACCAGCUCACACCGCAGCCGCAGACGGUACCAUGGUCGGUGUUAAAGUGAUCGGGAGCGACCCGGACUUCCAGCCGGAGCUAGCGGCCGCCGGCUCCAGGCUCGCCGUGGUGAAGUUUACAAUGGCUGGGUGUUCACCCUGUGUCAGAAUAGCUCCAGCUUUCAACAUGUUGAGUAACAAGUACCCACAGGUCGUCUUCCUCGAAGUAGAUGUACAUGUCUGUCAGGCAACAGCAGCAGCCAACAACAUCACAGCCACACCGACGUUCUUGUUCUUCAGGAACCGGGUUCGGGUGGACCAGUAUCAGGGGGUGGAUGCUGCAGGUCUGGAGGAGAAGAUCAAACAGCACACGGAAAACGACCCGGGAAACAGCGAGGACUCGGACAUUCCAAAGGGAUACAUGGACCUCAUGCCGUUUGUCAACAAAGCCGGCUGCGAGUGCCUCAACGAGAGCGACGACUGUGGCUUCGAUAACUGCUUAAUCAAAGACUCCACCUACAUGGAGUCCGACUGUGAUGAACAGUUGCUGAUAACUAUGGCCUUCAACCAGCCUGUGAAGCUCUUCUCUAUGAAGCUACUGUCCUCAGACUUUGCCCAAGCCCCUAAGGUGAUGAAGGUGUUCAUCAAUCUCCCCCGGUCGAUGGGUUUUGACGACGCCGAGCGGAGUGAAGCCACUCAGGUUUUGGAGCUGUCAGAAGAGGACUACAAAGACGACGGUUUGAUUCCUCUGCGCUACGUCAAGUUUCAGAAUGUACAGAGUGUUACGUUGUUCGUCAAGUCAAACCAAGGAGACGAGGAGACGACAAAAAUCAACUACCUUACAUUCAUAGGCACUCCAGUACAGGCCACCAACAUGAGCGACUUCAAGAGGGUUACGGGAAAGAAAGGAGAGAGUCACUGAGCAGGAGAACCACGGGGAGGAUUAGAAAAAGAGGAAGAGGAGGCUGCAGAUACAUCCAAGGACUUUCCCCUCUGCCAAAGUUGCCACACUCUGCUGUCACACACAGACACACACAUUCAGACACACACACAGCCUCCAGUUGACCUCCUCUGUGGAGACUCAGUCUAUAAAUCAUUUGUAUUGUAAUUCUGAUGAAAGUCACUGUAAAUAAAACACAAUCCUUUUUCAAAGGGA